UGGAUCUAUGCCUUUCUGUUUGAAGAGGAAGACUUAUACUUUUGGAAUGUAGAAAAUAUAUAGUUUUUGUGGAAGAAUAGAAAGCGUGAUACCUUAGAAAACUAAAGAUUGUGAUUUUUAGAAAGCAGCAAGGGUACAAUUUUUGGAAGAAUGAUAAAAUACGAAUUGGAAAUGAGCAGAAAACAAAAGAAAAAAACAAGGAAAAAAUUGGAAGAGGAUGCUGAGGAUGCGGAGGAGCAGCAGCAGCAGCAUCCCAUCUUUAGCUCGCAGAUAAUCAAACACUGCGAUAUCUCAGCCUGUUACAGUUCAUUUUAAAGAGAAGAAGAUCGUCUCAAAAUGUGAGCGUCAGACUAUGAGAAUAAAAUGCACCGCUAACUUUUUCUUUCAAAAUCUUUUUCCUCCAUGUUAAAAGAUGCCAAUAGAGACUACCAUACUGGUAGUUCUUCUUCUACCUUUUUUGGAAAUCUCUUCGGAGCCCUGUUUUUUUAAUCCAUUAUGCACCUGCACCUUAAGCCAAGCUGACAUUAUGUGUUUAGGUGUGCCGUUUUCUUUUCUACCGGACAUACCUACAGACGAGCUUUACCAGUUGAGCAUCAUGAAGUCCGAUUUGCUCUUGCUUACCAACGAUUCGUUGAAGGAAAGCAAAAUAUCUUCGUUAAGAAUAAUGCAUAAUAAAUUAUCUCAGGUCCUCCCCAAAGCUUUUAAGGGUACGGAACAUUACUUAACUUCCCUGGAUUUAAGUUUCAAUAGAUUAAAUGAGAUUCCUAGUUUAUCCAUCAGGAAGCUCUACCAUCUUCAAUGGCUCAGCUUGCAUAACAAUGACAUUGAAGAAGUGAAGACGAGAGAGGUGGCGAAUUUCGGCUGUAAAAACACGUUGAGGAGUUUGUUUCUAGGUGAAAAUCACUUAACACAGAUUAAAGAUGGUGUUUUUAGCAAAUUAUCGGCGUUAACUUCUCUAGAUCUCGACAAUAAUUUGAUUACAGAAAUCGAAGGGAGGCCUUUUCCGCCAUCUUUGGUUACACUUACACUUUCGCACAAUCAACUAACCUCGGUGCCUUUGUAUGCUUUAUCAAAUCUAAAAAACCUCAAUUGGUUUCAAAUAGGUGGUAAUUUAUUUCACGAAAUCCCCCAAAUCCUACCGAUACCGGUCAAACAAAUGGAAAAGUUAGAUUUCAGCAAUAAUUUAAUAACAUCACUUCCUGCAAACUUAUUUAAUUCGUCUUUCAACAUACGAGAUUUUCAUUUAGAAUUUAAUUUUCUUAAAACAUUAAAUAAUUCAACUUUUAAUGGAUUAAAACUGGAAAGACUUUCCUUAUCGAACAAUCGAUUGUCUUCCUGUUCUUUAGAUUCUUUUCUUGGAUUAGAGUCAACUUUAAGAACGAUCGACCUCAGUUUUAAUCUGUUUUCUGAAGUUCCUUCUUGCCUCUUUAAUCUCAAUCAACUCACGCAUCUUUAUUUACGUGGAAAUUUCUUGAAAAAAAUUAAGCAGAAAGAUUUCGGACGUUUUAAAGAAGUGCUUCAAGUUUUGGAUCUUUCGAGUAAUCUCCUGAAGAGGAUUCCAUCCGAGGCUCUAAACUCUUCAAUGAAUCUUUUACGCUUGAGUUUGCAAGACAAUCUCAUAUACCAGAUCGACAAAGACGAUUUCAUCUGGGCCGAAUCACUCACCAAACUCAGUUUGGCCAGCAACAAGAUAAUGGACCUCUCCGAAGACGUCUUCAGCCAUCUGAAGAAACUCAGAGAGUUGAGGCUCUCCUACAACAUGCUCACUUUUGUUGAUCCUCACUUCUUAUUGCCGAUUUCUGAAACCAUAGAGAUGUUAGAUUUCAGUUAUGCAUUUACGGAACACGUAACACUGCCAAGGAUUCGUUUCGAAGAGCUUCGUAGAUUGAAAUGGCUCCAAUUGGACCACAACACUCUCAGCAAUCUCACCGUCUCACCUUUAAUCAGUCUUCCAACCCUUUUUCAUUUUGAUUUGGAGGGUAAUCGUCUGAAAACUGUCGAUGGUUUGUUUCCUGAAAGCACCCACAAACACGUGAACAGUUUACUUCUAUCCAAUAACGACAUAGACGUGAUCAAUAGUGGCACAUUCACCAAAUUCCCGUCUGUCACCAGUAUAAUUCUAUACAACAAUAAAAUCAAAGCCAUAAGAGAGGAUGGAUUUAGAGAUAUGAAACUCUUGCACACUAUAGUUUUAGCCCAUAAUCAAUUAGUUUACGUGGAAGAUGGAAGUUUUAGAAAUUUGAACCAUUUAACUAACGUUUUCUUGCAGGAUAAUUUCCUGACCGUUUUUUCGCUCAAUAUUUUCAAUGGAAGUGGUGAUUCCUCCAACCCCAUGUAUCUCAAUUUAUCAAAUAAUGACAUUAGAGAAUUAGUGGUGUCACCGGAAUACGAAUUAGAAGACGAUAAUUUAGAGGUUAGAACUUUGGAUUUAAGUCAUAACAGCAUAUCAAUUAUACCCGAAGGUUUCUUGAGUCCAAUGGGAGAAUCGUUGUUUAACUUGUUCCUUUCCCAUAAUUCGCUCUCCAAUAUAACAUACGAGGCCCUAGCAGAUACUCCAUUGUUACAGGUGCUGAGGCUGGAUCACAACUACUUCACUUCAUUGUUCUCCCACGUCUUUUAUGGUUGCCCCUCAUUACAGAUCAUAUCCCUGAGUGACAAUUACCUAACAGAGAUAUCUGCCCAAUUAUUUUCCACUUUACAAAAAUUACGAAUCGUAGAUCUAAGUGGAAACAAUCUAACAACACUACCGGAUGAUUGUUUUACAGGAACUAAACUCCAACAAAUUAAUUUAUCAAGGAACUCCAUUAACAAUUUCCCUACAAAUUCGUUUCGUGGUGUGAAACACAGCCUGAGUUUGGUAGAUCUGUCGUACAAUCUCGUGCAAUCUGUAAAGGGAUUAAGUCAAUUAAGAGCACUUCAAUCACUAAAUUUGUCUUCCAAUGCAAUCAAUCAUUUGAUAGAUGGCUCUUUUUUCGGCCUUGAUAACCUACUAGAGCUAGAUCUAUCGAAUAAUCUAAUUGGGGAAUUGGAUCCUGAAGUAUUUAUGCCAUUAGAAAUGCUCAAAUAUUUAAAUUUAAAGAACACCAACCUAACCCAUUUACCGAUUUUACCAUUAAAAAGUCUACGAAAUUUAAAAAUAUCCAGGAAUUACCUUUAUAAUUUAUCUGAUCAAUCUUUUAUUCAUCUGGCAAAUCUUAGACAUCUCGACUUAUCCAGAAAUUAUCUUCGAGAUGUCCCACGACAUAUUUGGGUCAGGAUACCCGAUCUAUCAUUCCUUGACAUAUCUCAUAAUCCUGUUGAGAUUCUUACCACAGCAAGCUUUGUUGGGCUUCGUCGAUUGAUCUAUCUCGAUAUAAGGGGUUUACAUUUGAAAUUUCUCGAUUCUGGAACCCUCUACGGACUCAGAUAUUUAAAAACUCUAAAAACUGGAACGUACGCUUCGGUCAGGACGUUUCGCCUUCACGAUUUACUUGCAAAGUGUUCAUCGUUGAGGCGUUUUUGGAUAGAAGUAGAAGAACCAAUGUUGAAUCAUCAAUUACAAUGGACUUUCGGAAUAAAACUGAGAGAAUUAACAGUAACAGGAGAGAAACUAACAAAAAUAUUCCCGGAUGCAUUCUUAGGAUUACAAACUCACGAACUGAUUUUAAGAAUAACAAAUACUUCCAUUAAUACUUUACCAGAUGGUUUGUUGAAAUAUCUCGCUGAUGUUCGAUAUCUAACGCUGGACAUACGAGGAAAUCAAUUAUCUUCCAUGAAACCUGAAGUACUUGCUUUAAGUAGAGAAAGCUGCACAACUUUCAGCAGUACAAAACAUAUCAUAGGUGGCAUUAUGCUGGAGGAUAAUCCAUGGAUUUGCAGUUGUGAAAUUCUAUGGUUAGGUCAUUGGUUAAGAAGAUGGAUGAGGGAAACUUUUCGAGCUCACAUCUUGCCAUUUGAUGCAGCAUUACACGUGCAAAGUUUAGCUAGAAAGAGUAUGUGCACCAUGCCCGAUGGAAAGAUGAAGAUACCGCUCAUAGAUUUACGAAGAGAACACCUCGACUGCCAAAAUACUACGGAUCAUCCGCAUUUAUCUUCGAUUUCUUUCAUCAUCAGCAUCUUAACCGCCUGGAAAAUAUUCAUGGGAAGAUGAUAAGUUCAAUGAAAAAAAGAAAAAAAAAACGAUCAGCGAUUCAUCCGAGGCUCAAAUCGAUCGGAUUCAUCAUAGACUUUAGUGAAGAUCACAGAGUUUCAAGGUGAAGAUCAAAGGGUUUAUUGAGCCGACAUAUCAGUAUUCUAUUUGAAGUUAGAUCGUGUUUAUGAGACAAAACCAAAAAAAAAGAAGAAAAAAUAUAUGUUGAGUGGGUGAAAUAUCCCACCUCGAAAUUCCAAAAUUUUAUUUUUACACUUUUUUACAGAAAGUAAAAGAUGUGUUUCAAUGUUUA